CUGCCUGCGGGUGGAGACAGUGCGCAGCAGCAAGUCUUAGGCAGGAGCACUCUGACUUGGCUUGUCUUCACUGCUUUACUCAGUGCUACUACAGAGCAGCAGGCAGCUGCCUACCUACAUCUCACAGAAGAGACCGGACUAAGUAAGUCUGUCACCCAGGGUUUGGGUCAGGCCGUCCGUGACGCGAUCUCUCUCUUUACAUGACUUUACUCCAACUCUGUUUCUUGGAUCUAAAGACAAGGGCUGCUUAGCAGAUGGGAGAGGCUAGUGAUUUCUCUGGCCGGUCAACAGAAUGCGUCUGGUGGUGGAGUCCCCUCGGGAGGUUAUGCUAAAGAUGCUGCCCUAUUUUGUUGAGAACGCCGUGCUGACCCAGAGCGAGAUAUGCUGCAUCCUGAGCGAGAGCUUCUUCAUGGUGAAGGGUGCCGCCCUCUUCCUGCAGCAGGGCAGCAGUCCUCAGGACCAGAAAGCACAUCCCCACCACAAACAUGCAGGGGUAGUCCUCACACUCGGGUUCUCAGCCAAUCUGGUCUGGUACACAAGGGAGGUAGUCCGACAGUCCAGGUCACAACGGGAGACUUACCUCAGCACCUGCAGGUGAUGAUCAACAUUCUUCGCUCGGAGGACCGAAUCAAACUGGCGGUGCGGUUGGAGAGUGCCUGGUCAGACAGAGUGCGUUACAUGGUGGUGGUGUACACCAGCGGACGACAGGACACCGAGGAGAACAUCCUGCUGGGCAUAGACUUCAGCGACAAGGACAGUAAAAGCUGCUCCGUUGGCAUGGUGCUGCCUCUGUGGAGUGACACCAAGAUCCAUCUGGAUGGAGACGGGGGUUUCAGUGUGAACACAGUGAGCCGGAAUCAUGUCUUCAAACCUGUGUCUGUACAGGCCAUGUGGUCGGCUCUGCAGAUCCUCCACAAGGUGUGUGAGGUGUCCCGCAGGUACAACUACUUCCCCGGGGGCAUGGCCCUCACCUGGAUGGGUUACUAUGAGAGCUGCAUCGCCUCAGAGCAGAGCUGCAUCAACGAGUGGAACGCCAUGAGAGACCUGGAGACCUUGCGGCCUGACUCUCCCACCAUGUUUGUCGACAAGCCCACAGAAAGGGAGCGGACAGAGUGCCUUAUCAAAGCCAAACUCCGUAGCAUCAUGAUGUUCCAGGACCUGGAGAACGUCACCUCUAAACAGAUCCGGACGGAGCUGGAGCAGCAUAUGAGCUGUAACCUGAUGCAGUACAAGGAGUUCAUCGACAACGAGAUGCUGCUGAUCCUGGGCCAGAUGGACAAGGCAACACUCAUAUUUGACCACCUCUAUCUGGGAUCUGAAUGGAAUGCCUCCAAUCUGGAAGAGCUUCAGGACACUGGGGUGGGCUAUAUCCUCAACGUCACCAGGGAGAUAGAUAACUUCUUCCCAGGAACAUUCUCCUACCACAACAUACGGGUCUAUGAUGAGGAGACUACAGACCUGCUGGCCCACUGGAACGAGACAUACAACUUCAUAGUUAAAGCAAAGAAGAACCACUCCAAGUGUCUGGUCCACUGUAAGAUGGGUGUCAGCCGCUCGGCCUCCACCGUUAUUGCUUAUGCCAUGAAGGAGUAUGGUUGGUCACUGGAGAAGGCCUUCAACUUUGUCAAGCAGAAGAGAAGCAUCACACGGCCCAACACAGGCUUCAUGAGACAGCUGGCUGAGUACGAGGGCAUCCUGGAUGCCAGUAAGCAGCGUCACAACAAGCUGUGGCGUCCUGACCGCCCCGACCCAGACUGUGACCUCCAUGAGGGACUGCAGGCCCAGUGCUGUGGGGGGGAGUACCCAGCGAACCGUACCCCUGAGCCGGGGAUGUCUCCCUGCUAUGAGGAGGCUCUUGAGGAGAAGGGGGCGACAUGUCCCCUUUCCCCCUGCAGGAUGAUCAGUCUGGAGGUGGACCCCGCCUACAACAACUACUACUUCCGCAGGCUGUCUGACUCGGCCCUGGACAGUGACCCCUCCACGCCGGUGCGCGCUCCGCCCCUCCUGGACAUGGAGCGGGUCUUCAUAGAGAUUGAGGACGUGGAGCGCGACGCCCUGCUGGAUGACGAGGCCUUUGAGGGGCGGGAGGGCCUGCCGCUGCCACACUUUGGGCUGGCUGGGGUGGGGACGGCGGCCCAGACCUCUUGCCGGGGACCAGAGCCCCUGGAAGAGCUGCGCCUGCGUCUGGAGUUCAGCACUGUAGAGGAGGAGGAUGAGGAGGAGGUUCAGAAAGAUGAAGCAGAGAUGGAGGCGUUAGCACAGCCAGGAGGAAGAGUGGGGAGUGCAGGAGGAGGUGAUGGUGAUGGAGAGGUGGAGAUGGUUCAGGAAGAGGAGGGAGAGAAGGAGGGCAAUGGGCUGGACCUGGUAACCCUGAACCAGAACUCCAACAAUAACAACCACUUUAAUACCCAGUCCAGCCUCAAUGACACUGCUCCUUCCAAACCCGCUCACCCAGUCAAGCCUUCAGCCCUCUCGCGAUCAGACAACAAGCCCAGCCAUAACAUGGAUUCACUGACCCAGGAUUCUGAUCUCUGCCUUAACCCCACACACCUCCCCAGUGUGCCUAGUGUCUCUGUGGAGGUCCCAAGUGCCACUCUCCCUCUCCCACUUACCUCCCCCGACACACCCUGUUCCCCCAGCCUGCUGCACCCCUGUGGCCCUCUGCGUGACUGUGCCAACUGUGCUGCUCUGCCCUCUACACCUCUGCCUGAUGCCCAGGACUCCCCCUGCUCUCUGACAUCUGAGGACAUGGCUGGUGAGGCCAAAGGUGAGGAAGGGAAGCUUUUAGGGGUCUCUGAGCCUCUCCCUGUCCCAGAGCUGCUGGGACUGAGCCUGGAGGAGAAGAGGCCGGCGGUGGCCUGCUACGUGGCCCAGCAGCAGGAGACUCUAGUGCAGCUACAGAGGUCAGGGCUGGUCCGCCGAAGGGCAGAGAGGCUGGAGAGGCUGUCAGGUCUGUCCCAGGAGGGGCUUCAUUCCUUGGAGCCUCUAGACAGCCCCCACUCAGGAGCCAGAGAGGGUCCUAGUCCUGUGGAGGUAGAGUUCUCAGCCUUCCCAGAAGACUUCCCCAAGUCCUCCACACCAUGCCCAGUGCCCCUGGAGCUUCUGGUGGUUCCUCUGACUAACGAGGUCCUGCUGGGUGCAGUGGGGUCUGGGGGGCUGACGCCCAACUCUUCCCCCCAUGGCUCCACACUGACACGAAGCUCCAGCAGUGACAGCGUUCGCAGCGUCAGGGGCAAACCCGGCCUGGUGCGCCAGAGGGCUCAGGAGAUCGAGACCCGCAUGCGGCUGGCCGGCCUCACCUUGCCCUCAAGCCUCAAACGCUCCAACUCACUGGCCAAACUGGGCAGUCUCAACUUCUCGGCUGAAGACCUGUGCUCCGUCUGCUCCUCGGAUGCAGGCACCCUCCUGCUCCUCUCUCUUUCCCCAGAGCCAGGCCUAGAAUGGGAGUGCCCCUCCACCUCUUCCUCCGCCCAGCCCAGAGCACACAGGGACCAGACCACCCCAGAGAGAGCACUGUCCGGGGGUCCCAGGAGCUGACAGGAAGGAUGGAGGGACACUCCUCCACCCAUCCCUUCAUCCCCCACUCUGAGCUGGGGAGGGUCACACAGAUUUUGGAGAGGGGAGAGGGACAGUCUUAAAAAACAAAUGUGUAUAUAGAAUUAUACAUGUAUAAAUAAACAUUUCAAUAAUAUAAAUAUAUAUUAAUAUAAAUCCACAUCAUAUUUAAGGAAAAAUUAACAGAAUCCAAAUAUUAUACCAUAAUCCAGAUGGUAUCUUGGUUAUAGCCUGCUCGGUAUCUUGGUUAAAGGCUGCUCGGUAUCUUGGUUAAAGGCUGUUCUUGCAUGGAGCGCAAUGAAUGUGUGUGCAAAGAUGAACCUCCUACAGAAGACCUGGUCUCCAUCAGGACUUAAAGUGGUUUUCAUGUCUGGUCCUCUGCCUUUCUAGCUGUCCAGAGAUCAGAGUUACAGCUUUAUCAUCAUCAUAAUCAGUAUCAUAUUAUCAUCAUCAUAAUCAUUAUCAUCACCAUCAUAUACCCUGCCUUUCACAAGCAGAUACAUUUAGUUUUUUAUCACAGACUUUAUCAUCACAAUUUGUUUUUUACUUUGCCAUUGGUUAAUGUUAAUUGUGGUGUAUUUUGAUGAAGUGCUGCCUUAGCCAGAGUUGAUCAUCAGAUGAUACUGAUUUUGCGCUAUCAUUGGGUAUAGUGCUCCCGAAGUUUCACCAUGUGCUGAAAACAAAGGGGAGAAGUGGGUGUAGUUGUCUGUGUUGUAUUUGUCACUGCUGUCUUGGGUUCAGUAAGCAGUAUGAGACGCACAUAGACUGUAAACUUGUCAUAACACAAACAGCACCAUUCAUUCGGUGUGCAUCAUGUAUUUUGGAGAGAUGUCGUGAUAGGUCAAAUGUAUGUGACAUCAUCAUAUCGGGUAUGCUAAAACGUUUUCUUCCUCUUGUCACCUCAGUGUUAAUGACAAUGACAGGUUAGAGGUUGUUACCAACGAUGUGAUAUUAGAAAUGUAUUUCAAAAAUCAUACAAGCAUAGAGUCUAGCUCCUCUGCUUCUGAGCCUGCAUUGUAUUUUGGUUUGCAUAAAAAAGUUUAUACAUUUUGGAUGAGCCAAAUAUAUAUCAGAAAUCAUUUUCAAACAAUUCAGAUCCCAAAACAUAGAAUACAAAAACAAAAAGACCAUAGUCCCCUCCUGUAAGUACUGCAGUGUGAUUCCACUUCUGUAAGAAAAGUCAUUCCUUCAUCAUAGUCCCCUCCAUUUCUGACGCUUUCAUGGUAUAAUGUCCUCCAAGCUUCCAACGUGUCCCUGUGUCAAAACAUCCAGAUAUCAUUCCAAGAAUCUUCUGGGACCAUUCAACCUCUGUGACACCACGGUGAUGUGGUGCUUUUCAUUUUGUUCAAGUAGUUCUACAGAUCCCGCUCUUGUCAGGUGAGAAGUUCACAUGCUUUGUCAUAGAGAUCCUACAUCUCUACGGGCUGUAUGUUGUAUCUAUAUAGGAUCUCUACGGGCUGUAUGUUGUAUCUAUAUAGGAUCUCUAUGGGCUGUGUGUUGUAUCCAUAUAGGAUCUCUACGGGCUGUAUUUUGUAUCUAUAGAGGAUCUCUAUGGGCUGUAUGUUGUAUCUAUAGAGGAUCUCUAUGGGCUGUAUGUUGUAUGCAGGGUAGUCUGUAGUUGUCUGGUUUAUAGUCUUUAAUAGGGUUGUCUCCUGAGCCCUCCAUACUGUACCUGGACUCUCACCUGAGAUUCAACAACAAUAGAGUACAUUGAUAAUGAUAUGAUGACACAGCCAAAGGGGCUGGAGAAAAGCCACUCUCUUUACAACAUAUUGCAGUUCCUUUCUACCCUCCCUUCCCAACAUGGAUUAGCCUGUGUCUAGGCCUGGAUUUACCUGUGUAGUUGAACAGGUCCUUUCUACCCUCCCUUCCCAACAUGGAUUAGCCUGUGUCUAGGCCUGGAUUUACCUGUGUAGUUGUACAGGUCCUUUCUACCCUCCCUUCCCAACAUGGAUUAGCCUGUGUCUAGGCCUGGAUUUACCUGUGUAGUUGUACAGGUCCUUUCUACCCUCCCUUCCCAACACGGAUUAGCCUGUGUCUAGGCCUGGAUUUACCUGUGUAGUUGUACAGGUCCUUUCUACCCUCCCUUCCCAACACGGAUUAGCCUGUGUCUAGGCCUGGAUUUACCUGUGUAGUUGUACAGGUCCUUUCUACCCUCCCUUCCCAACAUGGAUUAGCCUGUGUCUAGGCCUGGAUUUACCUGUGUAGUUGUACAGGUCCUUUCUACCCUCCCUUCCCAACACGGAUUAGCCUGUGUCUAGGCCUGGAUUUACCUGUGUAGUUGUACAGGUCCUUUCUACCCUCCCUUCCCAACAUGGAUUAGCCUGUGUCUAGGCCUGGAUUUACCUGUGUAGUUGUACAGGUCCUUUCUACCCUCCCUUCCCAACAUGGAUUAGCCUGUGUCUAGGCCUGGAUUUACCUGUGUAGUUGUACAGGUCCUUUCUACCCUCCCUUCCCAACAUGGAUUAGCCUGUGUCUAGGCCUGGAUUUACCUGUGUAGUUGUACAGGUCCUUUCUACCCUCCCUUCCCAACAUGGAUUAGCCUGUGUCUAGGCCUGGAUUUACCCGUGUAGUUGUACAGGUCCUUUCUGAGACUGGCUACACUGAACGCUAAUCUUAUUAGGGGUUCAAGUAUCGAAGCUGAGAGAAACCCUGUUGUAUUUGUUGGCGUUCAUUGUUAUACCGGUUCUUUCCGCAAGGAAAAUGAACAUGCAAAUUCCUGUGUGAUGGUAAGGCUGAGGAGGGUACAAUUUGGCAUGAUGAGGAGGGUACAAUUUGGCAUGAUGGGAAAGGCCCAUAGUCCACACCGUCUCAUGCAAUGCCACGCCAGGGCCUCAUGGUGAAGCUAUAUCAAGCGCUUAAAAUUUCACAUUUUGAAAGGUCAUGCCCCUUAUCCCAUGUGACCUAGAGUCCUGAAAUUCAGUACACAGGUUUCUCUCCUCACAUGGAACAAAUUUUCCUCAAGAUCCCUUAAGGUCCACUAUGAUGGAUUUUCUGCCAUUUAGAAUUUUUUGAAAAACACUUAAAUUAAAUCUCCUCCGGAACCACUGGGCCGAUCAGGUUGAAACUUGAUUUAUAGCAUCUAUGGACCAAGGUCUCUCAACGCAAUAUUUUCUUGGCUAGCAACUGAAAGAACACUGACCAAUAAACAUUCAAGUGGGCGUGACCUGGCACAUAAAUGCAUAAAAAUCUGACACGGUUAUUCGUAUUGUAACAACUUGCUAUACAUGUUCAAAACCCUGUCUGGACUCAACGUAUGCAAGCACAUUUAGAUCGACCACACAGUGGCUAUAAUGGGCACAUAUUUAUAUCUCUUGAUCUGUUUGAGUUAGUCGUGAAAUUUGGCACACAUGCUCAGGGAGGCGAGUCUAGCUAACCUGUAGAGUAUGGUUCUAUUUGGCCGCAUGGGGGCGCUGUUGGACAUGAUAAAUAAUACAUGCGAGCUCAUUGGCUUAGCGGCCAUAUUGUUUGAGCUAGAGUCUUAUUUGAAGACGUGUCUAUAGAUGCUAAAUACCAAAUUUGGUGCUGAUCGGUUCAGCGGUUCUGGAGAAGAUGUUUAAAGUAGUCAACAUUUGAAAAAGUCCAAAAUACAUCAAAAGCAUAUUGGAUUUUGAGUUCUGAUAUUUGGAAAUCGUGGGAAGGAGUACAGAAGUGGCUCGCCCUAGGGUGACUUGUUUAAUUUGCUCUGGGGCCAUAGCUUGAACCCCGGCAUGGCUGCUUGCAGCUAUAUGUUAAACUGCUCUCGGUCAGGUUUAUAAUUUGAGCAGGGAACUCACAGGAUUCCCCACCUCCGUAACUUAUUUUUGAUCCACAAUCCUUUAUUGCAUCUGAGAACUGAGUUGUGCUGCAUAAUUGAAUUUGUGAGCAGUUGCAUUGGGAGUUGUACAAAGUCUUCUUCAGGUUCCAGAGAACGUUUUUCUCUGAUCUUUCCUCUGAGGGUCACACCAUUCCUUAUGCAUGAAGUCACAAGAGCCAUGUGUCAUUUCACUUCCAUCAUUCUUCUUUCUCUCCCCCUUUCUGUAUCACUACUGCUGUCCUGAAAGUGUCCCGCUGACUAUUUCACAUUCUAUGUCACCCAAUUCAUUCCACUCAGCUUGUCUUCAUCCAUAAGUGAAAAGAAUAGAGGUUCUUUAUGCAACAUCUUGCUACUUUGCCAUAUGUUUUUUUACAAAAAUGUUGCAGUCAAAUAUUUUGUUUUGAAAUUAUUUUUAAAGUUCAGUAUUUGUGUUUGUGCAUGAGAGUGGUUACAUGGUUACUGUGAACUAUUUAUGAGAAGUGAAAAUAAACUUUAAAACACAUGAAUAGGUUCAUAUUGCACAUGCAUUUCUCCCACACGUAUGAGAGCACAUGAAGUAUAUACUGUAUGUUAAUAUGUAUGUACAGUAGUUGAUGAUGUUGCAGAAGAUACUGCUGUAUAGUACUGUAUGUAUGUGUCUGGUAACAUGGAGAGCACAGACUUAGUUCUUCCCAAUGACUCCAGUUCCUGUGCGGACACACACACUGUUACUGCAAGCAGUGUCCUUCCAGUUUUAAUCAGUUGUACUGUGUGUGUCUGUUUGUGUAUGUAUGUACAUAUGCUAUUUUAUUGAAAUGCUGUGUCAGAGAUGCCUGUUUCUUUUUUUUAUGGUUCUAUUGGGCACAACCCAUACAGCCACUUACCGCUGAAAUCUUGAAUUGAAAGUGUCCAAUUAGCUGGCACAUUGCCUCUGUCUACCCAGGGUUCUCCCCAAAGAAUGUAAUAGAGGCGCUGUGCCACCUUGUGGACUAGCUGCGCCACUAUGUAAUAUUUAGUUUUUAAGUCAAAUAAAAAUAAACAUAGUUCUUUAUUUGUUAUCAUAUACGAUUUUUGGGGGGUUCUAGAUUGCAGUAAAUGGCAGUUACAGGUGUUAAAAAAUGCCAAAACUCCUGGGGCGAACCCUGCUACCAUGAUAACAUUUAUGAUGCAUUAUCAAGGAAAAGAUACUGUAUAAAUGUGUGUAUUUGGUGUGGCACACAGAAACACUGAUGUGCACAUAUACAGUACCUCUACUGUAGAGAUGGCUCUGCAAUGUUUCUCCCCAGUUUACACCCUUGCUGCUUUCAUUACAAGAUGAGGGUUUAGUUGCCGUUUUUCCUUCUCCUCUGUACAGUAGAUCUCAGAAGGCAGAACGAUAGAUUUGCUUCCCAGGUGCAAGGCCAACAUCUCUGGACAGCAGGGCUGUCCUAUGGUGUGUGUGAAUGUGUGUGCAAUAAUGUAAUAUGCACACUGUUUAAAAUGUGAGUGGUAAUCUGGUCCCUUUUAUAAAUGUAUGCCAACCUCUGUUGUGGGGUGUGUUCAGUUUGGCGUCUGAUGCUGCACACAGUGCCGGUGGCGGUCCUUAGUGGUAUAUGAGUGUGUGAGCCAUUAGUCCACAUCCAUUUAGGUUUGAUUUAUGGACACACAAGUGCCUUAGCCGGGAGACCAGAGGUAUAGAGCUGUGUGUGUGUGUGUGUGUGUGUGUGUGUGUGUGUGUGUGUGUGUGUGUGUGUGUGUGUGUGUGUGUGUGUGUGUGUGUGUGUGUGUGUGUGUGUGUGUGUGUGUGUGUGUGUGUGUGUGUGUGUGUGUGUGUGUGUGUGUGUGUGGAGCUGCCAGUAUUGCAGAGGGUUUGGAUGGAAGGGUAGAGUAGAUGCAUGAUGGGACACUCUGUGGCAACACUUCCCUUUCGCUUUAGUAGAACAAUGGCCCUGCAUUUAGUCUCAGUUCUUUCAUUGUUGUUAUUUCUAGUAAUAGACUUAGAUGUGAAACAGGAAUCUGAAACCUGGUGUUCCUUUUUUUUAACCUUCUGGUACAUUCUUUGAUUUGAAGAGGAAAAAAACUGAAUCUUCUCUUCCUUAUCACGUUCACAUGUCCAUCAGGGUUGCCGAGACGGGAUCUUGACUCCAAACUUGUUUGUGCCCUUUAAAUGUGGAAGAAGAUCAAAGUUCUAUCCAUGGGUGUUGUCACUAAAUAGAGACACCAUUGAAGCUGUUAAAAGAUACAAAAUGAGAAUCAGAAUGUCUUUUAUUUAUGUGUGUCUGUGAUCUUAUGUAUUGCACUUUUGGGAGAAACAGAAGUGAUGCAGUGGAAUCAUCCGCAUUGUGUCAUACCGAUAGAUGAGUGUUCCUAUCACUAAUGGUUUAUGAAGCUUCUCAUAGGCUUAAAGUCAAACCAAUUUGGCAAAGAUCACAGUGAUAGGUUGCUCCACAGAUUUUUGUUAAAGUUUAUCUUUUUUUAUAUUGAAGUAUGCAGUCAUUUUUUUGUACUGUAAUUUUGCUGUAGUUUGAAUGCAUAUUGCACUUUUCUUAAACAUUUGUUCAAAUAAUGUACUGUAUCUGUUUAUGAAAUUAAAUGUUUUUUCAUGCUA